UUCUAUUAUCUUCUACUACUAUUUUCACAAUCACCAGGUAACCACAUCCAAAAGCACACCUUUAUUUAUCCUUUAUUUUACUCUAAAUGGUAUCAGUUAUAAAAUCGACAUCAACACUGAAACUCUGUUAGGAAAACAAGAGAGAAUAAACAACACAUUUUGGUUUAUAACAAUAAGCAGAAAGCAUGAAAAGAUACUACAUAUACCUGAAAUAACCAUGAGUGCAAAGUGAAUGUGUCAAAGAACAACAUUGGUAUUUAAUUUAUUGUUCCCAGAUCACAGAAUUGAAAUUCUUAAUUUAAUCACCGAUGACCUACUGGCGGAUACUGUACAUUUUGCUGACAUCACAAUGGAUUUGGGAUGAAACCAGUUUGUCGUUCGGAAGCUUUACCUUUCAGACAGCGGACCUGAUGUUUUAAAAGAGACACCGAAAACACACCAGAAUCCAAACGAUGAAACAUACCCAGGAACUGUAAUAAAAUAGGAAAAAACAACUGAUUAAUAACUGAUGUUACACACAGAGAGGGAGAGAGUAUAACCUCCUGUCUCGUUCUUAUUAUCUUGUCUUGCCCAUCACCCCUCCACACCACCCGAGGGCGGUAAAGCGCCAUAAAGCGGCUUUCCAGCCGCCACGGACACGAAGAAGGAGACUUUCUUUCUGCAACCAGAGGAGUCGCUCCCUCAUUGGCCCGCGGACAGAAUGCGGGUUUAACGCACUUCCGCCUUGGCUUCACUUUCCAGACUCGACCAAAUGCCUCGUCCCGCCUGUCACGGGCCGGCGGCGUCUUCGUCUUCUUCUUCUCUUCUCCCACGCGGCCCGUGGGGGUCAUCGGUGGUUUCGUCCACGAACUUCAACGCUUUCACGGCGCGGUUUCAGGCCGUUAAAGUUGACCGUCCCAGUUCGGACCGCCGUGUGAGAUGUCUUGUUCGGCCUACGGUUGUACCAAAAGACAUUGCAAGGGAUCGGACGUUAAUUUCUUCCGGUUUCCUUUUGGCGAUAAUGUGAGGCUGAACCAGUGGCUGCUGAAUGUGAGAAGAAGGAACUGGAGCCCAUCUAAAAGUUCACGCCUGUGCAGUACGCACUUCAAGGAGGAUCAGUUCUUCAUAGACAAUGAGGGCAAGAGGAGGCUGAAGGAGACUGCUGUGCCUACCAUUUUCGUCUUUCAAAACCAUUGGUUGAUCGAGGAUGUGACAAACACGAUCACACAGACCAGCCUGCUGAGUUUAAAAACCAACAUCGGUGGCGAACCUUAUCACAACGUUGUCAAUUCCGAGCAAGCGCCUAUCGAGGAGGACGACGACACCGCCAACUACGGCGUGGACGGUGUCCUUGACGACGUCCUCGACGACGACGACAUCGUCAGGGUGAUCGUCGGCGGCGAGGUCGACGAGGUCAUUUCCGACGACGAUACCGAGGGCUCGACGAGCGUAACGCCACAAUCCGCUUUGCAUGAUCACAGCUACCGGAGUCUGAAACAGGAGCAGAUCUACGUGGACACCGACCACAACUACAUUGUUUCGGGUUCUCCCAGGACACUGAAACGUAAAGUGGACGCAGUACAAGAUCAGCUCAUCCUGGCUCACAAAAAGCUCAAGCUAAAGUGUCAGGAGACGAGGCGAAUGAAGUCCAGACUCUCGUCCAUGAAGAAUCUGACCAAGGAUCUAAAGAAGAAGUUGAAUGCGGUUGAAAAAGCUCUUGCAGCAGUUCACAAGUAACGGAGGUGAUGUGCAAAAAGCACCGGGGCUGUGAGCUCAAAGCUACGGGGAAGAAGCUGUUUUCGGAAGUCUUUCCAUGUUAAAAGUCUCUUGUGGAGAUGCACUGAUCGCAAUUUUCUUCGCUGAAGUUUUCCUUUUUUGAAGAACUAAACCAGACUAACUAUUUAUAUUAUUCCUUAUUAUUCCUAUCACUGUCUCCGAACCGUCCUGAAAAUAAUGUACAGUCCCGAAGCCUUUAGAGACCUGGAGCUGUAAUCCUUCCACAGGAUUUUAUUUAAAAUAUUCCCUAUAUUUUGUUAUUUGAUGAAGAAAAAAUCUUGUCAGUGUUUUUAGCCACGUGUCUUAAGCUGCUCGUAGCCAGGUUUAAUAUUUGUCAUGUUUAUUCAUAAUUAGAUAAUAAGCUCUACUACUAGAGGGCUCUACUAUCUAAAUAAUAAUGCUAUAAAAACAUAUCCUGUAAAGAACUAUAUUUAAUUAUGUUUCUCCGCAAGAAUACAUUUUACAUCACAAUUGAACACAUCA